AUGUACCGUGUACCCAGACGAGCGCAGCUGGGCUUGCCUUCUUCGCACACGAUGCACCUUGGCCACUCCAUGCUGAAGGCGUUUGCAGAUGGUUACUGCGCUACGGACGCCACGAAGCCUCCUCAGACCCAGGAGCUCGUUGUAAACGCUCAGGCGCUCGCUGGAGCUGGUCCAGCUCUCGCACAGCUGGUCAGCGAAAUGCCAGGCUUGCGGUCAUUGCGCCUGCUGACGGCCUCAAACCCGCCGAGGCCAGCAGGCCUGCGCCGUGCAAGCUCGCCUGCACAGCAAGCCUGCAGCAGCGGACAGGACUUCGCUCAGCUGACCAGCAUCCAGAUCAGAGGCGGCUUCUCCUUGGACUCGCUGAACCUUGGAGCGAUGUUGUCCAGCGCCAGCAGCUUGCAGGUCCUGGACCUGAGUGGAUCCGAAUUUGGAGAUGCUGAUGCUCAGCUUUUAGCUGCCGCAAAUGUUGGGCCUCUUCCAGAGCUUCACCUCCUGGGCUUCAGGGGCUGCAAGUUGCAGUCGCCGGCAGCAGCUGCAGCGCUCGCAAGGGCAGUGAACCACUUCGGAAGCAUCAGGCACAUCCGCAUGCAGGCCAACCGCUGGCGUGUCGAGGCCCACCGAUCCUUUGCAGAGCACCUGCUCGAGUCCAGCGCACAGGCUUUGGUUUCCCUUGAGGCUGGAUAUUCGUCGCACGGGCAGCAGGGUCAGGCCUUGCCAUCUCAGAGUCGUCCACCGCGCACGGCAGACCCCAGUCCAGGCACCCCGGCGGAGUCGUUGGCAGAGGAACUGGUGGAAGGUGGGGAUGCCCCUGGAACUGAGUCACGUUCCGACAAGCUACACUUCCUCGCCCAGUUUGGAGUCGGGCUAUGGUUAUCAGCUGUUGCGUGCAGACUGGCCAGCGGUCUGCAGGAGCUGAGGCUGGAAAAACUGGAUGUUGGAGCUCCUCCCUUAGAGCCAAGGUCCAUGUCAGUCUCCAUCUCGUCCAGCUUUCUCGUGGUGUUUGCCAGGAAGCUCCGACAGCUUCUCCCCUUCCUUGAUGGCGAGAUGAGGAUGAUGGGGGAAAGUGCCCUCAGCCACAUCACAGAAUGGAUACAGCAGCACUGGGGGGAAUCAGUCCAGCUCCUCAUCAGCAGCGAUGAGGAGACCCAGCACCUGGACCAUGACCACCCGGUAAUGAGGCCCCAACCGGAAGAGCAAACCGAAGGGGGAAAUCGAAGCGCCUAUCUCGGGGGCGACGUGGGGGAAACGCUCUUGGACCUGGCAAGCGGAGCGGCCAGUGUCCGAAGCUGGUCCAUGCACUUGGAGUCUAGGUCCCCAGCUGCCGCUGCCGAGCGGGCCAGUGACUUAACUGGACGCAAUCCAUUUCCGAUCGAUGUGGAGAAUGCCGGGCCUCAGACGUCAGAGCAUGACCAGACAGCUUACCCAAUGGCACAGUGUGCACGCCAAGGCAGAGGAAACGCAAUGCUGAGAGCUGAGGCAAUGGCUGCUUCAGCUUUCAGGGUCUUCGAUCCGAGCCAAAGGUGUGGCAUCAAAACGGUUCCAGCUGCCGCUUGGUUGAUUCCCAUGCGUGGUGAUGGCUGGCGACGGACAGUGACAGAAAGGAGCUUCGAUGGUGGCGGUUUUCGGGCUGCCUUCCGGCUGGAAGCCGCUUUGAGAAGUGGCUCGCUCGCCGCUCGACAGCCAACCCCCAACAUGCGAGAAGCAGAUGCGUGUGCAGCGGCGAGUGACGGUGUGGUAUCCAAGCUGCCCUACCAAAAGUUGGUUCCGGGGAAGCGAACCGGCAGGUACAUUCGUGUGCCAGACAUCGGUGAGCUAGCAGAUGAGCAUGAGCAGCAUUCCGUUUAUCUUCGAAAUGGGAGGGGCGUCGAAGCUACGCUUGAAACCACUGGUUUCGAACUGAGGAACCAAGCGACCCAAUGCACGAACUUUUUUGAUCCAGUUGCAGUGGCUACAAUCUACUACCCGGAAGUUGAAGCACUCGUGAAGCAUUCUACAGGUUGUGCGGACGUGAUAGUUUUUGACCAUACAAUUCGCGAAAGUGGUGCCACUGGCCUUAAUGUGCUUUCUGAGACAUCUCAAGCGGCUGCGCCUGUCAUGAGGGUUCAUACAGACUACACAGAUGAGUCGGCACCUCGCAGGCUGCGAGAUUUGGUACGAUCAGAGAGCUACACAGGCAUGAAAUUGUCGGAAGAGGACUGCGAGCGAAUCCUCAGCUCGAGGUACUGCUUUAUCAACGUUUGGAAAAGCAUCGCAGAAGAGCCGGCUACAAGAUGUCCGCUGGCCGUUUGUGAUGCCAAAUCAGUGGACUAUUCGAGAGCCAUUAAAUAUGAGAUGCACUUCCCAGAUCGGAUUGGGAGCAACUACGCCCUCGAGUUCUCUCCACAGCACAGAUGGUACUACUACCCAGGGAUGGGAAAGGACGAGAGUCUUUUGUUCAAGGUCUUCGAGAAGGACGCUUCAAGAACGCAGUCAGUGUUUCACACAGCCUUCCAUGACCCGACAACGCCCGAGGAUGCACCAACUCGUCGAUCCAUCGAAUGCCGGACUAUUGCCUGCUUUGCUGAGUCAGAAAGUGGGAAAUGCUCCUACCAGCCUUUGCAGUUGAUGCAUGUUGUGAUGCAUUCCAAUAAAGCAGCUAGCACAUGCUGGCACGACCAUCUUGCAUGUUCUCAAAAAGCACCAGCCAUGAAGCAAAUCCUCGAGAGCAAUGCCUGGCGUUUGCCGGCACAGGUGACAGUGAGCUUCAUUGCAGCACCUGGAAAGCACCCGCCAGAUGAGCUCAAUGUGGAGCGGCUUAUCUCUCAGCUCCCUCCACCACUGAAAAAGCAUUUAUGGCUGAAGACGCCGAAUUUACGGCGGAAACUAGCCGGCCAGGCUCAGCAGCUCAUCGAUGCUGCCAUAGAGGAUGACCCGGAGAACGGGCAGAUGAUCAAAGCAGCCAUUCGACAAGGUGUCGACAAUCUGAACCACGAAGCGGAUUUGCAUCCCUUGGAGUUCCAGCAGUCACUCAAGGACAUGGAGAGGAUUGAACGAGCACUCAAGGUGCACUCCAUGCAGCACGUGCUCUAUUGUUCAUGGAACUGGCUGCCUACAUCGACCAAGCGCAGAAACAAUUAUGUGCUGAGGGCUUUCCUGUAG